GAUUUGCUUAUAUUUUUUUUACGAUGAUGCCGAUGAUGCGAAUGCGUGGGGAAUUUCUGGAGAAUUCAACUUGACAUCGCGGUGGUAGCGUGCUGGAGGAUUGACGUACUCUUGUCAUCUUGAGCGGUCAUUGUUUUUUUUUUGCAAAAUUUUGACAUUUACGACGCUGCGUUUCUAUUGCUCCCGAAAGGUGCAGCGUUGGUCGAGGUGACCAGAGGCCGGGUGUACUGCUGAGUGGGCUGCCGCCGAGUCCGCUCACCAUGUACAGUUUCGAGGGUCAGUUCCGGCGGCGGCCGCAGGUGCGGCUGGGCGGUGCCAGCGGCGCUGAGAGGCGGGAGCAGGCCAUUCAGCGCGCGCAGCUGGAGCGCAGCCGGCGCGCGCAGACCGAGCGCCACCAGCUCUGCGCCGGCCGACUGCAGGCGUUCGUGCGCGGCUGUCUGGGCCGUGCUCGGCUGCGGCGCCGGCUGCGGGAGGCGUUCGACGCCGAGUGGACGGCCGAGCGGGCAGCGCUGUCGGCGGCGGCGGCGCCCGACGCCAGCCUGGUGCGGCGACUGGCCGCGCGCCUCUGCUGGUUCUACCGGGCCGACGAGGAGGACUGGCGCCGCCUGGUGGCGCUGUGCCAGCUGCUGCUGCGACACGCGCCGCUGCGAGACGCGCUGGCCGGCAGCUACCCGCUCAGUCGGCUCCUGCUGUUCUGUGUGCAGAGUCUGGGCGGCGCGGCGGACGGCGGCCGGUCGCUGGCGGUGCCGCAGCGUCUGCUGGAGGUGUCGCUGGACGGCGCGGCGGCCGCGGCGCACCUCCAGUACCUGGUGCCGCGCUCCUACUUCGGCCACAUGCGCCGGCUGCUGGAGGCGCGCGUGCCGCCGCUGGAGGAGGACGCCGUGCAGGCGCCGGUGCCGCAGGCGGCCGCCGUGCUGCUACUGCUGCAGCAGCCGCUCCGGCUGGCGCAGCGGCCCGGACCGCUCUCGGACGUUAUCCUGGCCGAGUUCGCCGGCUGCUUCCUGCAGCCGCGCUUCUCGUCCCAGGUGCGUCACUGGCUACUGCCGGCGCUGGCCGCCGACGGCACGUUCCCGCUGGCCCGCUGCCUGCAGGUGCUGUCGGCGCGCCGCCAGCAGCUGCCGCCCAGCACCUGGCUGCUGUUCUCGCUGCUGGCACUGGGCCGAGACGCGCUGGACGCACAGCCGGCCGAGGUGCGCCUGCUCUACCUGGAGCUGCUCGACUGGGCGUCGGCGCACCUGCGGCCACGCUGGAGCUCAGAGCGCGUCGAUGAGGACGACUCUGACGACGAGAUGGCUGCGGCCGAGUCGCCCGAGCAGCGCCAGGAGGCCGACACGCUGGAGGAGGCGCUCGCCGUGCUGGACCGGCCGGCUCACGUGCAGGCGCUCCGGCGGCUGGUGGACGACGCGGCGCCCGAGUCGGGCGCGGUGCGCGCGCUCUGCGGCCUCUGCUACCACCUCAUCAGCCGGGAACGGCUGGCGCUGCACAAGUACCGGCUGCUCUACACACUGGCCUUCUCUAAGUCGUUCCUGCGCCGGCUGUGGGCCGUCGUGGAGCAGUGCUCGUCGCCAGCGUCGCUGUUCGGUGAGCGCCGCUCGCUGCUGCAGACGGUGGCGGCAGGGACUGACCUGCCGGCUGACGAGCGCGAGCGGCUGGUGCCGCCGCUGGCCGCCUUCUGCGCGCUGUUCGCGCACAUGCUGGUCACGCUGCAGGACGGCGAGCUGGUGGGCGCGGCGCCGCUGUUCCCGCUGCCGCAGCUAGUGGCCAUGUCGGCCGCGCUGCGGGACGUCUACCUGGGACUGGUACAGCUGGCCUACCCGGACCUCCAGCCCAGCGUGUCGUCCACGUACUCCUCAGCGCUGCGGAGCGUGGGCGUGCCGGCGGCGCGGCCGACGGAUGGCGAGGCGGCCGCUCACUGGACCAGCCUGCUGCGCAGCGUCAACGCGCUGCUGUGGCAGCUGCAGUCGAGGGACGCCCGGCUGGCCUUCUGUCCGCCCGGACACUGGUCGGAGCGCACUCAGCCGCUCACGGCCGAGCGCAUCCCGGAGGUGGUGGCGCUGUUCAAGGCGGACCUGCAGGCGUUCCGGCCGUUCGCCGGCCCUGUGCGCUACUCGCGGGACGAGCUGGAGGCCGGCAGUCCGAUCGUGAGCUCGCGGGACGUGCGGAUGAUGCUGCUGCUGCGCCAGCUUCCCUUCGUCUUCAGCUUCCCGCAGCGGGUACAGCUGUUCCAGGAGCUCAUCCGGCAGGACAAGCACGGUGCCCAGUCGGAGCUGGAUCACUUCAUGGCCGGCGCCGGGAACGCCAUCAACUGUAACAUCCGCAGGAACUACAUCUACGAGGACGCCUUCGAGAAGCUGUCCCCCGACAAUGAGCCGUCGCUGAAGCCUCGCAUGCGCGUCAAGAUGGUAAACGCCAAAGGCCUGGACGAAGCGGGUAUCGACGGCGGUGGCAUAUUCCGAGAGUUCCUCUCGGAGCUGCUGAAGACGGCGUUCGACCCGAACCGCGGGUUCUUCCGGACGACCAACAACAACCAGCUGUACCCGAACCCGCAGGUGGAGCUGCUGGUGGAGCGGCCGCUCGACCACUACUUCUUCAUCGGCCGCGUGCUCGGCAAGGCCAUGUACGAGCAGAUGCUGGUCGAGCUGCCGCUGGCCGCCUUCUUCCUCACCAAGCUGCUGGGCCGCCACUCGGACAGCGUGGACAUCCACUACCUGGACUCUCUGGACCCGGUCAUGUACAAGAACCUGCUGUACCUCACCACCUACGACGGCGACGUUUCCGAGCUGGGUCUCGACUUCACCGUCAACGUCACAGAGCUCGGCGAGAGUCGCAUCGAGGAGCUGAAGCCGGGCGGCGCCGGUGUGGCCGUUACCAACGCCAACCACAUCGAGUACGUGCAUCUGGUGGCCGACUUCAAGCUGAACCGCCAGAUCCAGCGACAGUGCGCGGCGCUGCGGCGCGGACUGGCCGACGUGAUACCUCUCGAGUGGCUGCAGCUGUUCGAUCACCGGGAGCUCCAGACGCUCAUCUCGGGCGCCGCCAUCCCGGUGGACGUGGCCGACCUGCGCGCGCACACCAAAUACUCGGGAGGCUACUCGGACGACCACCCGGUCAUCGAGACGUUCUGGCGCGUGGCGGCCGGUCUCACGGACCGGCAGAAGACGCAGCUACUCAAGUUCGUCACGUCGUGCUCGCGGCCGCCGCUGCUCGGUUUCCGCGAGCUCUACCCGCCGCUGUGUAUUCACUCUGCCGGGGCUGACGACGCCGACCGCCUGCCCUCGGCCAGCACGUGCAUGAACCUGCUCAAGCUGCCAGAGUAUAGGGACGAGGAGACGCUACGCAGCAAGCUCUGCUAUGCCAUAGAGUCCGAGGCGGGAUUCGAGCUCAGUUAGGACGGUGUAAAGGGAGCAGUGACUCGAGGUGACCCGGGCGGGGAGGGUGUCUGCUAAAGGAGUCUCCCAGCCGUCUUGGGCGGGAUUAAUGCGCGGGUGUCUCGCGCAACUGUGAUCGUGACGCUUGUCUAUUCUGGAAAGCUCCGAGGGGCGGUGAUGACGUUCUCGAUGACCGAGUCCGCCGGUGAUCGGUGUGCGGUCGGGGGGCGACCGCGACAACCGGCGGAACCGAGCAGAACGGGACAUUACAUAUACUGCGUACAGUGGUCGGUCCACGACCCAGCUGUCUGAAUCGUGCUGUUGUGUUAGGAAACGUCGCUCCUGUGUUGGCGAAUAGUGAAUUGCCUAUAACCAGCCAGUUGUAUUUAUCGUAAUAUAUCUUUAAACAAAUGUA